AUGUCCAAAGCACGCAAGCUGCAGUCGGAGAUCGAGGCCACGCUGAAGCGCAUCAAUGAGGGCGUGGCGGAGUGGGAUGGGCUGUGGGACAAGGUCGAGGAGACCGAGGACGCCAGCCAGCGCGACAAGAUUGUGCAGGACAUGAAGAAGGAGUUGAAGAAGCUGCAGCGCCUGCGGGAGCAGGUGCGCACCUGGGCGGCGACGGGCGCGCUGGCUGACGACACGCGGCUGGUGGAGGCGCGGCGGGCGGUGGAGCGGGAGAUGGAGCGCUUCCGUGCGCUGGAGAAGGAGCUGAAGAUCAAGCAGUUCAGCAGCGAGGGCCUGAUGCGCGACUCCACUGACCCCCUCAUGGUGGCCAAGGUCAAGACCGCAGACUGGCUGAGCGACACCGUGGCGCAGCUGGAGACGCAGGUGGAGCAGUUUGAGGCGGACAUCGAGGCGCUGCAGCCGCAGAAGGGCAAGACAAAGCCGCACAGGGUUGUGGAGCUGGAGGGCUUCAUGCAGCGCCACCAGGACCACAUCACCCGCCUGGAGCAGUGCCUGCGCCUGCUGGAGAACGACCAGGUGACUCCCGAGGAGGUGGAGGGGGCGCUGAGGGACGAGUUUUUGUUGGACGAUGACGGCAUGUACGAGCCGCUGCCCCUCAAGGAUAUCGACGACUCGAUUGGAAAGAUCAGCGCGCACACGCCGCGCCCGCCCGGCAAGGCCAAGCCAGGCAAGCCUCGCCUGGGGCGGCGCCUUACAGAGCGGCACGCCCUUGCUUGCUGGCUUGAGGCCGGGUGGGAAGGACAAGCAAGCCUCCACCGCGGUGCACCGUUUGACGGCCUUGCCGGUGCAGAGGGGGAGGGCGAGGCCGCGGAAGCGCCGCCGGAGGGCGGCAAGAGCAAGCGCGGCAAGGGCAAGGGUGGCGGCAAGGGCAAAGGAGGCGACGGCGGCGGCGGAAAGGACAAGGGUGGCGGCAAGCCCGCCCUGCCUCCCCCGCCAGGCCUGCCGCCGCCCCCGGCCUCUCCCGCUGCGUCCGGCACCCCCACCUCCGCCGGCCGCGCGGCCUCAUUUAAGGAAGCGGCUGUUGCCAGCUUGAGCAAGGCUGCAUCGCCCACCAAGGCGGGGGGGGCGGGGGGGCCCGACACGCCUGCGCCCGCAGCAGAGGCGGGCGCCGCUGCCACCCCAGCCGCCCCUCAGCGCCCCCGCACCGGCGUGGGCUCCCCUCCCGGCCUCCACAAGGCGGCAGCGGGCGCGGCGGAGACAGCCACACCGCCAGGCCCGGCAGGCCAGGCACCCGCCAGCCCCGGCCGCACCUCUCCGCCGGCCGCCACACCGCCGGCCGCGAUGCUGGCGGCGGCGGAGGCGCAGCGGGCGGAGCAGCUGGCGCAGCAGCUGGCGCAGCAGCAGGCGCAGCUCAUGCUUGCGCAGCUCGCAGCGGCGCCGGGCUCGCCGGCGCGGCCGCCACUGCUGCCGGCGGCGCCGCCGCCCGCGCUGCACGUGCUGGGGGUCCCCCCCAGCCUGCCGCCCGUGUCCCUGGCGUCUGCUCCCUCCCUCAACGGCCACUCCCCCUUUGCAGCCCUGGCCCGCGGAAUCAGCGCUGCGGGUAGCCCCUUUGCGGCGGCGCGGGAGCUGGGCGGCGACGCGGCCGGGCUGGCGGCAGGCGCCGGCGUGGAGCCAGCAGCGGCAGCCUCCCCCGGCCCCGCCGCCGGCGCCGCCGCGGGCGACGCCUCGCCCCGCAGCGUGCACAGCGGCGGCAGCGGCGGCGGCAGCGAGGCGGAGGGGCGGCAGCUGGGCGCCGACGGCCCGGCAGCUGCGCCCGCCGAGGGCACCCCGCGGCGCGGCGGCGGCGGCGGCGGCGGCGCUGUGGGCCGCAUACCCACCAUUCUCUCCUUUAACCACCUGCAGACGGGGGCUGAGUCUGUGCUGAGCCUGGCGGCGGAUGGCGCCGACCUGGGCGGCCUGGCGCCGGCCGCCGGGGCGCAGCGGGGCGAGGGCGGCGGCGGCGGCGGCGAGGCAGCCCCCCACCGCACCUCGCAGCUGCCCUGGGUGCCCACGCUGGCAGACCUGCAGGCUCUGGAGGCCUCUGUCGGGCACAGGCCUCAGGCGGGCGACGCCGACUGGGCGCUGCCAGGCGGCACCGUGAGCAGCGCGGGGGACGCCGCCCCGGCGCAGCGCCCCGUCCUCACCCCCGCCUCCUUCCCCAACAUGGUGCACCCCAGCCUGCGGCGGGAGGAGACGUGGCGCAAGCUGAGCGCCGAGACCUCGCUCUUCAACUUCUACUUCCAGCAGAACAGCCGGCAGCAGCUGUUUGGGGCCAACGCGCUCAAGAGGCAGGGCUGGCGCUUCCACACGCAGGCAGGCGGCCGCGCCGUGGUCGCGCUGCCCGCCGCUGCGCGCAGCAGGCCGUUCAACGCCUGGUUUGCGCGGCAGAGCCAGCCGCGGGUGGUGACGGAGAUGCAUGAGCAGGGGCCGCUGGUGUACUUUGACGCCCUGCUGCACAACGUGACCCCCGCCACCAGCCUGCAGCCGGUGUACAGCGGCUGGUGCCCGCGCGUCUCCCGCCCCGACUUCUUGUUCGAGUAUGCGUUCAUGGAGGCGGAGGACACCUCGGCGCCCAGCGACCCGCCGCCCUAG